AGCGACCCAAAGGCGGCGGCCGCUGACUGGGUCUUCUGCUGCCAUCGUCGCCAUGGCUGCGCACCGCUCUGCGCCCGCCCUGCUCGGCGCGCUGAUCCUGGCGCUGUGCGUGCUGUCGCCGCCGGCCCGAGCGGCCACCGCGUCGCGGGGGGCGGCCCAGGCACCCGCGCCCCAGGGGCGGGUGUCCGAGGCGCGGCCCGGCAGCAUGGUUGUGGAACACCCUGAGUUCCUCAAGGCAGGAAAGGAGGCUGGUCUGCAGAUCUGGCGCAUCGAGAAGUUCGACCUGGUACCUGUGCCCCCCAACCUUUACGGAAACUUCUACACAGGUGACGCCUAUGUCAUCCUGAAGACAGUGCAGCUGAGGAAUGGGAACCUGCAGUAUGACCUCCACUACUGGCUGGGCAAUGAGUGUAGCCAGGACGAGAGUGGGGCGGCCGCCAUCUUCACCGUGCAGCUGGAUGACUACCUGAAUGGUCGGGCUGUGCAGCACCGCGAGGUCCAGGGCUUCGAGUCAGCCACCUUCCUCGGCUACUUCAAGUCUGGCAUCAAAUACCAGGACAUCUACCAGUGGUGCGGCUCCAAGAGCAACCGAUUCGAGAGGCUGAAGGCUACGGAGGUGUCCAAGGGCAUCCGGGACAAUGAGCGGAGUGGCCGGGCCCGAGUGCACGUGUCUGAGGAGGGCGGCGAGCCUGAGGCCAUGCUCCAGGUGCUUGGCCCCAAGCCGGCACUGCCCGAGGGUACCGAGGACACAGUCAAGGAGGACGCAGCCAACCGCAAGCUGGCCAAGCUCUACAAGGUCUCCAAUAGCGCGGGCUCCAUGUCGGUGUCGCUUGUGGCUGAUGAGAACCCCUUCGCCCAGGGGGCCUUGAGGUCAGAGGACUGCUUCAUCCUGGACCAUGGCAAAGAUGGGAAAAUCUUUGUCUGGAAAGGCAGGCAGGCCAACACGGAGGAGAGGAAGGCUGCGCUCAGAACGGCCUCCGACUUCAUCUCCAAGAUGAGCUACCCCAAGCAGACCCAGGUGUCUAUCCUUCCCGAGGGUGGCGAGACCCCACUGUUCAAGCAGUUCUUCAAGAGCUGGCGGGACCCAGACCAGACGGACGGCCCCGGCUUGCCCUACCUCUCCAGCCACAUCGCCAAUGUGGAGCGGGUGCCCUUCGACGCUGCCACCCUGCACACCUCCACUGCCAUGGCCGCCCAGCACGGCAUGGAUGACGACGGCACAGGCCAGAAACAGAUCUGGAGAAUUGAAGGCUCCGACAAAGUGCCGGUGGACCCCUCCACGUAUGGGCAGUUCUACGGUGGGGACAGCUACAUCAUCCUGUACAACUACCGUCAUGGCAGCCGCCAGGGACAGAUCAUCUACAACUGGCAGGGCGCCCAGUCCACCCAGGAUGAGGUUGCUGCUUCUGCCAUCCUGACCGCCCAGCUGGAUGAGGAGUUGGGAGGUAGCCCUGUCCAGAGCCGUGUUGUCCAAGGCAAGGAGCCUGCCCACCUCAUGAGCCUGUUUGGCGGGAAGCCCAUGAUCGUCUAUAAGGGCGGCACCUCCCGCGAGGGCGGCCAGACGGCCCCCGCCAGUACCCGCCUCUUCCAGGUCCGGGCCAGCAGCUCUGGAGCCACCCGAGCCGUUGAGAUACUCCCUAAGGCUGGUGCACUGAACUCCAACGAUGCCUUUGUCUUGAAAACCCCCUCGGCCGCCUACCUAUGGGUAGGUACAGGAGCCAGCGAGGCGGAGAAAACCGGGGCCCAGGAGCUGCUCAGGGUGCUGCGGGCCCAGCCUGUGCAGGUGGCAGAAGGCAGUGAGCCAGACAGCUUCUGGGAGGCCCUGGGUGGGAAGGCCGCGUACCGCACGUCCCCAAGGCUGAAGGACAAGAAGAUGGAUGCCCACCCUCCUCGUCUCUUCGCCUGCACCAACAAGAUCGGACGUUUUGUGAUCGAAGAGGUCCCUGGAGAGCUCAUGCAGGAAGACCUGGCCACUGACGAUGUCAUGCUCCUGGACACCUGGGACCAGGUCUUUGUCUGGGUCGGGAAGGAUUCUCAAGAAGAGGAGAAGACGGAAGCCUUGACGUCUGCUAAGCGGUAUAUCGAGACGGACCCAGCUAAUCGCGAUAGGAGGACCCCCAUCACCGUGGUGAAGCAAGGCUUUGAGCCUCCCUCCUUUGUGGGCUGGUUCCUCGGCUGGGAUGACAACUACUGGUCUGUGGACCCCUUGGACAGGGCCAUAGCUCAGUUGGCUGUCUGAGGAAAGGCAGGCCCCACCCCUGUCACUGGUCAGUGCCUUCUAGAACUAUCCAUCCCUCAAAGAGACCUUAUAGCAGGGCCACUCUAGUGUGCGUGCGUGCGUGCGUGCGUGCGUGCGUGCGUGCGUGCGUGUGUGUGUGUGUGUGUGUGUGUUACAGUAGCCAAUAACAGCCCUGCAAAAAUUCAGGGUCCUAUCAAAAUGGUCUCAAGUGUCUGUGCUUUUGGAAAUUGAAUUCAAUAAAAGCUUUUUUGGAGUGUGUUA